AUGCCGUUGUUUGAUCUCCUGCUGAGAGCUAGGUUAACAAACAUCAGUGAACUGUCUCCUUCUGGCGAUGAUUUUCAAUGGUGCCUUAAGGUAAAAUGCAGCAACUGCAUGGAGGUGCAUGAUAAAUGGGUCUUCAUUUGUGCUCAAAAGCAUGAGGCAAUUAAGGGCUCCAGGGGAUUUACCAACCUGAAGCUGAAGUGCCGAUUCUGUGGUCGUGAGAAUUCGGCAGAUGUAGUGGAGGGGAGUGUAAAAUCCUACAAAGAGGAGGACUCGGAGAAACUGCGACCAAUUGUUCGCUUUGAAUGUCGCGGAAUGGAGCCGCAGCAAUUCUCGCUUCGUGAUGGCUGGCGGGCCGUUUCCAAUUCCGAUUGUGCCACUGUCUUCUCGGAUGUUGAUCUAACCGACGGAGAAUGGACGGACUAUGAUGAAGACGGUGAAUGCUGCGUAGAGAUACUUGAAGUGCAAACUGAAAUCAAGUCGCGGUUACGUCUACCCAGCCAGAUGAUGAAGUCGAAUGUCAUGGUUUAUGCCCAAAAGUUGGGUCUUCCUUCUGAUGUCUUUCACUACCUCUCAGAAAAAUUGGAAGUUAUAGCUGCCCUCGUCUGGCUGGCAGCCUUCCACGUUUUACGCACAAUUGACAUCGCUUCGUUUUCGACUCGCUUUGACCGAUGGGACUUGCCGGAUCUCUUACUCACGGAGUUCCACGCUCUGCGUGCGUCAAUGCCUUGA